GCUUUUGAAAGCAUCGACCUGACUCACUUUAACAUCAAAUAUAAGUUUAACUUUGAGUAGUAAUAAAAUAAAACAUAUCUACCUUUUAAGAAAAAUGGAUGAGGAAUUCAUAGAUACAAUCAGUUUUUUUCUAGGUCUAAUUUUUACGGAGAUACACAAAUUCAAACAUAAAAAAAUGUCGGCGACUGAGCUUAACUUGUUCGAUAAACACUUCAGCAUGGCUUCCAGAAAAAGAAUUUUAGAAACAAAGGGGAACCCAAUCAAAAGAACUAAAACAGAACCAUCCUCCGACUCAGUUGAAAGUUCUAAAGAAUGUUUUGCUUUUAACAAAGUUGAUUCUUCUGAGAAAAAGAUUUUUAGCAAUAAAUAUAUUUAUAUAUUGCCAGCUGGAAUUGAAAAAAUGCGAAUAAAUAUUUUCAAAAACCAGAUCACCAAAUGUGGAGGAACUAUUUAUGAGCAAUUUGAUUCAACAGUGCUAAACACUUUGUCCUUUAUAAUUGUGGAUGAUAAAAUGGAUACUAAUCGGAUGUGUAAACUUCUGCAUCUUGAAUCUUAUCCCACCGUGCCUGUGGUAAAGUCUUCUUGGCUAAGCUCUUGUUUGCGAGAGAAAAAGAUAUUGCCCUUUGAACCUUACCUGCUACGCAUAGUAGAAAGCCAUAAUGAUUCAACAGAUAAUCACUUGAAGAGUAGUACCAAGGCAACUAGUCCUGGGCCUUCACAAUUGCAGACUUUUCUAAAUAAAAACAAAAUCUCAGACAGCAAUAGCAACUAUUCCUCGAGUGAUGAGGAAAAAGAAGCAGGCAUAAAGCCUGUAAUUGAAGCUUUAACAAACUCCAAAGUCAAGCCUGAAAAAUGGAUAUGUGCUCAGUCAUCUAAGAAUCCAAAGCCUAACUUCAAUACUAACAUAACUGAUAUGCUGGAGGAAAUGGCUAAAACAUACGAAAGUACUAAUGACAAAUGGAGAGCUUUUGGCUACCAGAAAGCAAUUAAAGCUAUAAGAAACUAUCCAAAGCCUAUAACUUCUUGGGAGGAAGCCAAAUCACUUCCAGGAGUGGGCGGAAGACUGGCUGACAAAAUCUGGGAAAUUGCUCAGAGUGGGGAACUGCGUAAACUGAAAGAAUUUGAAUCUUGUGAAAUGACGCAAGUGUUAAAAUUAUUCACAAAUGUCUGGGGAGCAGGACCACAGACUGCUCUGGCAUGGUAUCAGCAGGGCUUGAGAACCAUUGACGACUUGAAACAAAAAGCUCAUUUAACCUCUCAACAAAAAGUCGGUGUACGUCUUUAUGAUGAACUGUUAGAUAGGAUGCCAAGAGAAGAAGCAGGUGAAAUAGAAAAAGUGGUAAGAGAAGCUGCUGAAAGUAUUCAAGAAGGAAUAAUCGCUCAAGCUUGUGGUUCCUAUCGGCGUGGUAAAGCCACAUGUGGAGAUGUGGAUGUGCUUGUCACACACCCUGAUGGGAAAUCUCAUAAAGGAAUUUUUUUUAAAUUAAUUACUAAACUGAAAGAAUCUGGGUUCUUGACAGAUGAUCUUGUCUCUGUUGAACAAACUGGUAACCAGAAAAAAUAUCUUGGUGUGUGUAAAUUGGAAGGUCCAAACAGAAAGCAUCGCAGGUUAGACAUCAUCGUGGUACCCUACAGUGAGUAUGGCUGUGCUUUGGUCUACUUUACAGGCUCAGCUCAUUUCAACAGGUCUUUGCGACACUUGUGUAAAACUCAGAAUAUGUCUCUCAAUGAACAUGCCUUGAAAAUUGGUGUUGUAAGAAAGGGUGCAGACAAAAUUUAUGAAGGCACGAUAGUUCAGACACCCACAGAAGAGUCCGUGUUUGAAGCUCUCAAAAUACCUUACAGACCUCCAGAAGAAAGAGAUCAUUAAUAAUUAUUCAAAAGAGUAUCUUUAAUAUUUAUGGACAUACAAUUGUUGACCUUCUGUUUUCUGCUGGUUUCAGAGUUAAGUCCAUUUUAUAUUUGUUUUAACGACUAAUUGUGUAUAACAUUUUACUUGUAUAUCUAUUAAUUAUUUAAACUAUAAGAAACAAUAAUUUAUGCCAAUUAUUUAUUUUAAAUAUAAUAGUGAAAGUGCAAUAUUAGCUUUUUUAAAUAUAUCUGUGAUUUUAUUCUUUUCAGUAAUAGAAUACUAAAUACCUUUGUCAUGGUCGUUGAAAAUAUUUGGCUAGCUACUUACAUAAAAUACUGAAUUUUAAUAUGUAUUUAAAAAUGUUUUAUUAUUUAUAUUUUGCUAAAUUUUAAUAAAAUAUUGUAGCCUGUUUAUUGCAACCAUUUCCUGUAAGAUCUAUUUAGUAUAUGACAGUGGCAUGAAACAGCAUAUCAAAAUAGUAAUUACAAAUGCAUGAUGUGGUUAUUCCAAAGGAUUUGGUUAUAAUAAUGAAAAACAGUUAACUCGCAAAACGAUAAAAAUACAUUAAUACAACUAAAUCCUAAUCAUAAAUAUAUUUCAUUAUCCUAUAUACAUAUAUAUAAACAAAAAAUUAAGGUCGGAGCCAUAGAUCUUGGCCUGUGUUAUUAUUAAUCCAAUAGCUCUUACCGUAGUACAGUGCAUCUUUUACAUAUAAGUCUUACAAUAGGAUAAUGCGUUGGGACACUAUCAACAGUUUUUAAAACUUUCCUAUUCUAAGAGCUAAUCAUGUCUCAUUUCGAACAAGAACUAGAGUGUGGUGACUAUUUUUAGUGAAACUGUAUGUGUAUCGCUUUUUUAAGAAUUUUUCAAAUGAAAUGGCCCAUAGCCCCAGUGUAUAAGCACCCACCGGGAAUAAAUUGUAUUUUUGAAGCUUUUUUAUAUUCUAAAGGUAUUAAAAGUAUACAUUUUUUUUUAAACUAGAAAUAUUGCUAUAUUUUUUUAAAGUUGUUUAUUUAUUUAUUAGUAUUAGAUCUUAAAUUUUAUUAUUUUGCUCAAAAUGUUUAUUAUUAUUUUUUUAAAUUCAUUAUUCAGAGCCACCCCUCUUUGCUUAGGGUAUGCAAAGAAUUUUAACAGGAAGGAGUUGAAAUAGGAGCUAUUGGGUUAAUGUUGUAUAGAUAUAGAAAGAGAUGUAUAUCAUUGCAAUUACUAUAACCAAUUGCAUUGGAAGUAACUGCAAUAUGUAUUUGUAGCCAACACUUACAAAUAAAAAAUAUGGGUUUAUCAAAUAUUUCCACAUGACCAGUAUUUCAUUAUGUAUUUAUAUCAGAACAGUGUUCAAAUGAAACUCUCAACACGGUUUGGACUUAGAGGUGGCUGAUACUAAAACUAUUUAUUUUCAGCCAAUAGCCUAUAAAUUGAACACACACAAACAUGAUCAAAGUGGUUUGAUGUAAGAUAUUAUCUGUAUGGGGACUGAUGAUUAUUGUAACAUACCAAUCUUGGGUUUUUCUAAGUAUAAUAUUAGGUUUUAUUCAAGUAGAUAUUAGUAAAGUGUUUUGACAGUACUAUUUUAUUUUUAUUGUAUCAUUUAUUUUAAUUUGACAGGAACUGUUUCUUUGGCUACAUGUAGUAAAAAGUAAAGUUCCCCUUUCAUACCAUGCGAUCUAUAAGGCAGAUGAUGUUUAGGUCAUCUGUUUCUUUGGCCAACGGGUUAACAAGCAGGGUGUCAUGUGGGUGGCACAAUGACCAACUGCCUUUACUUUUCCCCAACUAAAGUCAGGUACCUAUUAGAGUAAGGUGGACUCUAGGGCGCCCUAAAAAUCCCAAAAUUCAAAAUCCCACUCUUCACCAAGAUCGAACCCAGAUUCCCAGGUUCGAAAGCAAAGCAUGUGCGCCUCACAUGGAUACCUGUAGACCUUUCAGAUAAUAUUUUUAAUAUUGUUAAAUUAUUUUUAUUUUUAUAAUUCUUCAUGUUUUAAAUCUGUGAUAUUUAAAAUUAUAUCAAAUUUGUUCAGUGGUUUAGCUAGGGAUUUGGGUGCUUGACCUUUUUAGGGCCCCCUUGCAUUUUUACAUUUGACAUCAUGACAUGAGAUAAUUUACUUAAUAAAUAUUUAAGUCUAUAUUCCAAUAUAGGUACACAGUAUAUAAGUAAAAGUAACAAAAAAUAAUCAUUAAAACUAUUUUAAUGAAUAAUACCGUUGUUUACUGGCAAGAUAAUGCACAAGUGACAAAUCUCAAUUCAUAUCACCUCACAUGGUGCUUUCUGUGCAGCAAAGGCAUAGAAUCUAUAACAUCAUCUAGAUCAAUACUGUCUAGUAUUUUUGACUCCACAUGAAUAGCAAGAUUACAUGGCAGAGGCAAUUAGGACAUUCAUUGGGGCCCUCUGAAGUGGGGGCCCGGCAGGACUUUCUGAUUUGACUCCCCCCCUCCCCAUACACUAGCUACGCCACUGUAUUUGUUGUUUUUUUUUGUUAUUCAUUUCAAAGUUAAUACAAGUUAGCAGUUUAAUUUCUGCAUUUUUUUUAAAACAUUUUAAAUUAUUUCAUAUGGAACAAGACAAGUUAAAUCAGAAGUAAACUUGAUUUCAUUCUAUUAAAAAAUGUAUACAUUGAAAUAUAUAUAUUUUUUAUUUUCUGUGUUUGAAAUAAAUAUAUUUAUAUAUUA